AUGUUACAAGGAUCAGGGGAAUCAAGGGUUGGAGUCAUUAUCUACAGCACCUGUGCGCAGUGUGAGCUACUACAGUUCUCUCAUGCUAGACAAAGUCGAGGCAAGGGAUACUCCUUUCCCUCGGUACACUUCGCCAGGGAGGCUAUUGAUGAAGAUCCUGCAACAUACUCGUGCACUCAAUCUACCAAAAACUCGUGGAUACAACUCUACUUUGACACCCCCUCUCUCCCUGAGUGGAUCCUUUUCUCGUUAAAAUCAACAAGCAAGACACCCCUCUCGAACCACACAGUGGACCUCUAUAACGGUGACAAGAAGAUGAGAUCAUGCAAGCUGGAGUGGAAUACCAAGUGGAACUGCACUAAGCCCGUCACACUGGUAACCAGUGUCAGGGUCAGCGUCGAACGAGGCAAGAUGGAGAUUGCGAGCAUUGAGGCUCACGGCCAGAGACUCCCUAUUGAAGGGAUAAACAACAUGUUGUGUGUGAUGAAGAACUACACCCACUUGGAGGUGACCUAUGGUACAGAGGUGCACUUCCUCAAGGAACUUCCUUUAGAUCCUUACCAAACAAAUCCUUCUCAAAAUGGCUGCGAAUCUCCAUUUGCGGGAGACACAGUGGGAUUCGUUAACUUCGAAGAUUUGGAUAAUCUGGGAAAAACUCAGUUUAUAUUUACUCAGUAUAGAGCGGCAGUAGCUGAGAUGAGUGGACCAGAGAGAUUCAGUAACAAUGAUUGGAUGAAGGCCAGUCAGAGAAUGAAGUACCCACUCAAACUAGAGCGAUCAGGUCUAAUUAUUCACCUAGACCCUGGUCAAGUGGAUGAAAGGGAUAUCGACUCGUUUACUGUUCAGUUGUUUGCUGACUGGGGUGUUGACAUGGAAACCGAGCCAACACGACUAGGUGCGAUAACGUUGAGUAGAAUGUUUUUAACAUUGGAAGGAUGUUUUGAGAACACAGGAAAAAGCAAUGCUAAUUUAUACUACGUCAGCCGCCCAAGGAUGAUGCUCGGAACUUGGAUUUUUGAAAAGAACGAGACUCAUCUAGUGGUCUGCAAAGAAGAUACAGUAUUACUGACCUAUGAAUUUGCUGAAGGAGGAGUUCAGUGCAAUUACACGUAUAGUGGGAAUGUUGUGGACGGAUUUAAUGCAGAAACUUCCAGUUUGAGCUACCUGCAAUACCGCGAAAUCAAUAAAUCGGGGCCGGAUGAAAUGAGAUACAUUAGAUCGUGUCCUUACUGUGCUCCAGAUUAUUUCGACCUACACGAACAAGGGUUAGAAUGGAGGACAGAAACAGAAGUAGAAUUCCGGGCGGUACCCGGCACAUUAAAUGUGACAAUAAAGAUGCUGGACAAAUAUAUGGGUAUUAUCGGGACCCUGGCCUUAUCACCUAACUCGAUCGCUUUCAAAGGGAACGACCAGGUGUGCAACUGGAUAGAAUCAGGAAACUUUGACAUGACAGGGGAUUGGAGACUAUUCAAAAACGAAACCCUGUUGUGCUUGUUUGUGAACAGAGAGGUGGUUGUGGAGAUUAGGAGCCGGCAGCCUUAUGGAGUGUGUGGCAGUGCUGCCGCUGUGAGUGUGCGAUAUGUAAACUUCGGGCAGGAGGACAUUCUUUACAGGAGACACAAGAAGGAUAUAGAAAGAGAAAUAGAACGUGUACAAGAGGACGCCGGGAGAUGUAAAACUGGGUACAGAGCUCAGGCUAUAUACACUACUAUGGAAUGGACCGGGGAAGUGAAAUGUGAACCGUGCCGUCGUGGCACCUAUGGCAACGGCCGAGAGUGUCUCUCAUGCCCUUACGGAUCUACCACAAUGUACAUGACGUCAACUAGCCCCGACCAAUGCAUGCCUGCUGGAAUGAUAGAAUGUGACAGAGAUGGAAUGAACUGCUGGUACAAGAGCGACAGUGGGUACAUGAAUAAUUCAACAGAUUACUGCAAUUGUAUGCCUGAUCAGUACUGUGACCAAGGGUGGUGUUACAACCAUGAAUACGACUAUGCCAUGUCUGGUGGGACAACAAGAAGCACAUUACCUGUUACAAUCUUCUAUGUGGUCUUUCUGGCAGUUACAGCCACUCUUCCGUUUUAGAGGGCACUCUUUCAGAGGACUGUAGUUUAGAUGUUGUCUUUGUAGAUGUACCCGAAAACCGAACAGGGUUCAUGGCACCUACAGAAAUGCUGCGUGCUUUUUAGAAUUCUUGGUAGUUUAGAAUGUCAAAUUUGGAUAUCUGUUUGUACUUAUUCUUAAAACAGCUUGAUAUUGAAUCAAGAAAUAUUCUGUUUACAAUUAAUUGUCAUGCAAGAGUUGCCUUUUCUUUAUUUUUAGAGUAUUUGAUUUAAAUGUUUGCAAUUUCAGUACUUAUUUAAAUGAAUGUACGCUGUUAUACAUCAG